AUGAAGACCACCAUUCUCAGCGUCACUGCUGGCGUUCUGGUCCUCUUCGGUACCACCCAGGCCUUCGAGGUCCCGGACGUCGUGCCCGCUGUCACCUUCAACAUGCCCAUCAACAUCACUGACAAGAACAACGCCACCGUCCCUAUCACUGGCACCAUCCAGCAAGCUGUAGCCAAAAUGGACACCGACUACCCCGGCUGGAAAGCCGCCUUCCAGGGAGAAGAGAAGACCGUCACCAUCAACAUCGAGGAUGGCAUCGCGUACCUCUCGGAUCUGCCCGGCCUCACCCAGAACGACACCGGCCAGUGCGGCCGCGUGAGCUGCUCGUACAACUCGGCCAUUCUCUGGCGCAACACCGAUGUCAAGAAGAAGUACGUUCCGUGGCUGGACAUUGCCGACUCUGCGUUUGAUAUCUGCCCUUGA